AGCCUUUGGAACUCGCGCUCCUGCCUGUUUCCCUCCGGAAGCGCGGACCGCAGGCCGGAAGAGAAUGGCGGCGUCCGCUCAGGGCAGCCAGGCGGCGAGGAAGCCGGGCUUCGGGUCGCGCCUGGGCGCCUGGGCCCGCGCCCUGCUCCGCGACUACGGCGAGGCGUGCCGGGACGCGGCGGCGGCUGCCCGGGCCCGUCCGGGGCGCGCGGCCAUGGGCGCGGGGCUGCUGGGCGGCCUGGCGCUGAGCGCGGCGCUGGCCCCGGGGGAGGCGGCGCUGGACGAGGCGCUGCUGGACGCGUCGGGCCGCCUGCUGCUGCUGGCGCCGGGCACGCGCAGGCCGGACGCCGAGGCCUUCGUGCAGCGGCUGCUGUGGCUGCGGGGCCGGGGCCGCCUGCGCCUGGCGCACCUGGGCGUGUGCUCGCUGGCCUACGAGGCGCCCGUGGACGCGGAGGUCAGCCUGUACCAGGCGCGCUGCCCGCACCUGCAGCCCCGCUGGAGCGAGCUGGCCGGCCGCGUGCUGGACGUGGGCGCCCUGGGGCGCUGGUGGGUGCUGGGCAGCCGCAUGCGGGACUGCGACAUCAACGACCGCGAGUUCAGCCACCUGCCGCCCCACCUGCGCGUGCUGCGACCCGGGCAGCUCCGCUCCGAGACCAACGAGCGCCUCUUCCAAGACAAGUACCUGCCCGUGGUGCUCACGGACGACCAGGUGGACCAGGCGCAGUGGGAGGAGCAGGUGCUGCGCAGCCAGAGGAAGGAGCAGCUGGCCCUGCACGAGGCGGGCGCGGCCUGAGAC